AUGUGUUUACUGCAGAUUCUAAUGAUUUUUCCCUUUGUUUUUAUUUUUGUGCAGAUUGUUUCUCAGAGGAAACUCUCCAAGUCCUUACUCAAACAUGGCAACACAGCAGGAAAGUCAUCAAUAACAGUGAUCGCUGAGGAAUUGUCUGGCAAUGAUGACUACGUUGAACUUUCAUUCAGUGCACGGAAAUUGGAUGACAAGGAUUUUUUCAGCAAAUCCGAUCCUUUUCUGGAGAUUUUUCGUGUGAAUGAUGAUGCAACCCAACAACUUGUUCACAGAACUGAGGUUGUGAUGAAUAACUUAAAUCCAGCAUGGAAGACCUUUAAAGUGUCUGUAAAUUCUCUGUGCAGUGGAGAUCAGGACCGCAAGCUAAAGUGCAUAGUUUGGGACUGGGAUUCCAAUGGAAAGCAUGACUUCAUUGGAGAGUUUAGCUCGACUUUCAAGGAAAUGCGAGGAGCUAUGGAAGGAAGACAGGUACAAUGGGAGUGCAUUAACCCCAAGUACAAAGCAAAGAAGAAGAAUUACAAGAACUCAGGCAUCGUCAUCCUUAACCAGUGCAAGAUCCACAAGAUGCAUUCUUUCUUAGAUUAUAUCAUGGGAGGCUGCCAAAUACAGUUUACAGUAGCUAUAGAUUUCACGGCAUCAAAUGGUGAUCCUAGGAACAGCUGCUCACUGCACUACAUCCACCCCUAUCAACCCAAUGAGUACUUGAAAGCAUUGGUAGCUGUUGGGGAGAUUUGCCAAGACUAUGACAGUGACAAAAUGUUCCCAGCCUUUGGAUUUGGAGCAAGGAUACCUCCAGAAUACAAAGUCUCUCAUGACUUUGCAAUCAAUUUCAAUGAAGACAACCCAGAAUGUGCAG